AUGCACAAGAACAAGCUCAAGUGCUCGAUCGACGGCUGCACCAACCAGGUCUACGCGCGGUAUCUCUGCGUGCGGCAUGGUGGCAAGAAGCAGUGCCAGGCGCCCGGCUGCGACGUCGCCGUGAGCCGUGGCUCGCUUUGCGUCGACCAUGGCGGCGCCCUCGCCAAGCGCUACUGCACCGAGCCAGGCUGCGAUCGGCAAGCGCACGCGCGUUACAAGUGCGUGCGCCACGGCGGCGGCCGGCGCUGCAAAGUCGACGGGUGCCUUCUCCGAGCGCGGUCGAGUGGCCACUGCAAAACGCAUGGCGGCGACAGUCCAAAGGCGACACCGACGCGGAAAGCGAGCGGUGGCGGCGACGACGAUAUCUUUUUGGACCUGCCCGACUUGAUGGACCUCUCUGGCUUUGAGGACAACCCGACGCUAGCCUCGACCCUCGAUGACGCGAUCGACGAGUCGAUCUGGAGUGCGCUCUGCGACUCCCUUGCCUCGAGUAGUGUCAAUUGGAGUGCAACCAUGCUGUAG